UCGCGGCCAACUUCUCGUUCCCUUGCCUUGAUGAAGCUCGCCCAGCUCCCCAGACGAACAGCCUCGCGCCUUCCCCGGGCAGCAGCGAGCCUUGCGAGGCGCGCGCUCUCGACGCAGCCAGCCAGCGACGAUGUGGAGGAGUCGGUCCACGACAUGCUGCGGCAGACGUGCCGUGACUUUGUCGAGGCGCAGGUCAAGCCGGUCGCGGGAGAGCUGGACCAGACACACAGGUAUCCGGCGGAGCUCGUCGCUCAGAUGGCCGAUCUCGGUCUGAUGGGUGUGAUGGUGCCCGAGGAGCAGGGUGGGACGGGGAUGGACUGCCUCGCCUACGCCAUCGCGAUGGAGGAGAUCUCGGCCGGCUGCGCUUCCUGCGGAGUCAUCAUGUCGGUCAACAACUCGCUCUACUGCGACCCCGUGAUGCGGUACGGCACCGCGGACCAACAGGAGAAGUGGCUCAAGCCGUACGCGUCUGGACAGAAGCUCGGCUGCUUUGGGCUCUCCGAGCCAGGCAAUGGCUCCGACGCCGCCGCCGCCUCCACCACCGCCACGCUGGACGGCGACGAGUGGGUGUUAGAGGGCACAAAGGCGUGGAUCACCAACGCACACGACGCGGACGCGGCCAUCGUGAUCGCGACGACGGACAAGUCGCUCAAGCACAAGGGGCUCUCCGCCUUCCUCGUCGAGGCGGGCACGCCCGGCUUCUCCCUCGGCAAGAAGGAGGACAAGCUCGGCAUCCGCGCCUCGAGCACGGGCAACCUCAUCUUCGAGGGCUGCCGCAUCCCAAAGGACUCGAUGCUCGGCCCGCCCGGCGCCGGAUUCAAGGUCGCCAUGUCGACGCUCGACGGCGGGCGGAUCGGCAUCGCGGCGCAGGCGCUCGGCAUCGCGCGCGCGGCGCUCGAGACGGCGACGCAUUACGCGCAGACGCGCAAGACGUUCGACGCGCCCAUCGCCAAGCACCAGGCGGUCCAGUUCCUGCUCGCCGACAUGGCCGUCCGGCGCGAGGUGGCUGCCCAUCUCGGCUCCUCUCGGCCCCUCUCGGCUCAUCCCGGAGCUUUGCUGUGCAGGUAUGAGGCGGCGAUGCUGCUCACGCACCGCGCGGCGAACCUCAAGGACGCUAAGGCGCCGUACACCAAGGAGGCGGCCAUGGCCAAGCUGGCCGCCUCCGAGGCGGCGACUGCGAACGCGCACGCGUGCAUCCAGGUGCUUGGUGGCAUGGGGUACGUGACCGAGAUGCCGGCCGAGCGCUACUACCGCGACGCGCGAAUCACCGAGAUCUACGAGGGCACCUCAGAGAUCCAGCGCCUCGUCAUCGCGGGCCAGCUCCUCAAGGAGAUGCCUGCCUGACGCCUGACGCCUGACGCAAAGGCCUCGUGCCUCACCCUUGACGACUGAGCCCGCCGCAGCGGCCUCUGCGCGAGAGCCGAGGCGCGUAUCGGCUCACGCCUCGGCGCCUUGCGGAGCAUCGCUUCGUCUCUUAUCGUGGUGUACUAGCUGUCUCCCAGCGCGCGGUCGUGGACACUCUCGCGCGUGUGCGCGAACGUAGGCUCGGCGCUCCAUCAGAGUCCAGUGUGCGUGUGCGCGCGCUUUUUCGGUUGAUUGUAACUUUUUCGCUUACAACAUUCGGAGUUUGC